AUGGGUAUCCUUUGGUCUCGAUUGUUUGGCAAGGAGGAGAUGAAAUUGGUCAUCUUGGGUCUAGAUAAUGCGGGUAAAUCUACCAUACUGUACAAAAUUACGAUGGGCGAAGUCGUUUCAACCGCGCCCACAGUAGGGGCCAAUCAGGAAUUAUUUGAAUAUAAAAACUUGAAAAUUCGUAUGUGGGAUUUAGGAGGUCAAACCAGUCUAAGGACUUCAUGGUCAUCGUACUACGGACAAGCAAAGGCGUUGAUCAUGGUAGUAGAUUCGACGGAUCGAGCUCGAUUGAAUCUAGCAAAAGAAGAACUACAUCGAGUGGCAACAGAUCCUGAACUUUCGGCCCAGUCGGGAGCCGAUGGGGCGUGUUUACUGAUAUUCGCAAACAAACAAGAUGUCAAAGGAUGUAUGACUCCCGCGCAAGUCUCUGAAGGUCUGGCGCUAACCGAGCUGAGAGAUAGACAAUGGCAAAUAGUGGCAUGUUCGGCCCUGACGGGUAAGGGACUGAUGGACGGAAUGGAUUGGAUUGCCAGCAAACCUGACCACCCAGACAGCCCCUUCACCAUCUCAACCGCACAACUCGACGCACUCAUCGACCCCAAGUCAAUCAAGAGCUUGUCCAACCUCGGCGGCCCCCACGCGCUCAGCAGCCUGCUCCAAACAGACCUUGACCGCGGACUCAGCAAUCUCCAGGAGACCCUCCCCGCCCGAACCUCCUUCUUCGGAUCUAACAUCCUCCCCCAGAAACCUACGAAAACUAUCUUCCAACUGAUCUGGUUAGCCCUUCAGGAUAAAGUCUUAAUCAUCCUCAUCAUUGCUGCUAUCAUCUCACUCGCACUCGGUCUCUAUACCACCCUCGGCACCCCGCCUAAAUCUUAUACCGACUCUAAUGGCAAUACUGUCACUGAACCUCAGGUUGAUUGGGUUGAAGGAGUAGCGAUUCUUGUGGCUGUGGCUAUCGUGACGCUAGUUGGAUCAGUAAAUGAUUACCAGAAGGAGCUACAAUUCAAGAAGCUGAACGCGCAGAAGGAGGACCGGUCGAUCAAAGUGAUCCGACAGGGCCAAGAGCAGAUCCUGCAGAUCGGCGAGAUCCUAGUAGGCGACCUACUGCUAGUCAAUGCGGGCGAUCUGCUGCCUGCGGAUGGCAUCUUCCUGGACGGCUACGAGGUGAAAUGCGACGAGAGUAGUGUGACGGGCGAAAGCGAUCUUAUCAAGAAAGUCAACUACGACCAAGCACUCCAAAUUGCACACGAAAAAUCCGGCCAAUCUAGUACCGAUGAGCCCCUGCGCGAUGAGGUCCAGCUGGGCAAAACGGAUUGCUUCAUGAUCAGCGGCUCGAAAGUCGUCGAAGGCUAUGGACGCUAUCUGGUCACCGCAGUCGGCCCCAACUCCUUCUACGGAAAGAUUAUGAUCUCUCUUCAAGGCGAUACCGAAAGCACACCUCUCCAGACCAAACUUAACUCCCUGGCCGAACUCAUCGCCAAAUUGGGCGCCACGGCCGGUUUGAUCCUAUUCACGGCCUUGAUGAUCCGGUUUUUUGUUCAACUCAAGACUCAAGCUGACCGGACUCCGAGUGAUAAAGCCCAAUCGUUCAUUCAAGUCUUGAUUAUCUCGGUUACCGUUGUCGUCGUGGCUGUUCCCGAAGGACUUCCCCUUGCGGUUACCCUUGCUCUUGCAUUCGCCACCCGUCGAAUGACUCAAAUGAAUCUGCUCGUUCGAGUCUUGAGUUCUUGCGAGAUCAUGGCCAAUGCGACUGUGGUCUGUACGGACAAGACCGGAACGUUGACGCAAAACAAAAUGACCAUUGUUGCUGGCUCGAUCGGCGUUCAUUGUAAAUUUGCUGCGGAUCUGGAGCAAAAUGAAAGACGCGUGAAUGUAGAUGAAAAGGCGCCAGAAGAACUAGACCUUACCGACUCGCCACGAAACGGAAACCCCCAGAUCAGCAUCACCGACGAUACCGAUUCGCCCUCUACUCAAACUGCCCACCACGACCUCCGUCUAGAUUUCUCAGUCGACCAAGCUAAAAUUCAACAAUAUCUUACCCCCGGCUUGAUCAAACUGUUCAACGAAUCGAUUGCCAUUAACUCGACUGCCUUUGAGGCCAAAACUAGCGGUGGUGAGCUUGAGUUCAUCGGCUCCAAGACCGAGACGGCUCUGUUGAGUUUUGCCAAGGAGCAAGGAUGGCCCGAUUAUCAUCAGGUCCGACAAGGCGCAGAAAUCGUGCAAAUGAUCCCUUUCAGUUCUCAGCGGAAGGCAAUGGGCGUCGUUGUCAGAGUCCCGGAGAGCGGUCACUAUCGUCUGUUCCUGAAGGGUGCCUCUGAAGUCCUGACCAAACUCACCAGCCACUACGUAUGCGUUCGCGGCCCAUCCUCUGAAGGGCAGACGAUCAACUCGGAGGCGGAGAAUGUCUCUUCAGCUCCCUUCGAUCUCGACACACGGGAUAACGUGAGCAGAACAAUCAUGUUCUACGCCAACCAGUCGCUGCGGACGAUUGCGCUAUGUUACCGAGACUUCGAGUCGUGGCCUCCGACGCUGCUUGCCCCCGGCAAGAGCCGGAAGGACCCUAACAGCCAACCGGGCGAAGUCUCGUUCGACGAACUGAUCGACGGUCCCGGAUUGACCCUCCUUGCCGUCGUCGCCAUCGAGGAUCCUCUCAGACCGGGAGUCACCGAGGCCGUGGCGAACUGCGCUAGAGCUGGGGUCGCCGUGAAGAUGGUCACCGGUGAUAACAUCAUCACUGCCAAGUCGAUUGCUCUUCAAUGUGGAAUUUAUACUCCAGGUGGGAUCAUCAUGGAGGGACCGAUCUUUCGUCAACUGUCCAAGCAGGAGAUGCUCGAAGUCGUCCCCCGGCUCCAGGUGCUCGCGCGUUCAUCCCCCGACGAUAAGAAGCGAUUAGUGGACUAUCUGAAGUUUAUCGGAGAAACCUGUGCGGUGACGGGCGAUGGCACCAACGAUGGACCGGCCUUGAAGGCCGCGCACGUCGGGUUCAGUAUGGGCAUCAGUGGGACUGAGGUUGCUAAGGAAGCCUCGGAUAUCAUCCUCAUGGAUGACAACUUCUCCAGCAUCGUCUCGGCUAUCAUGUGGGGCCGAUGUGUCAAUGACUCGGUGAAGAAGUUCUUGCAGUUCCAAUUGUCCGUCAACAUCACUGCCGUCUUGAUCACUUUUAUCACCAGUAUCGCGUCGAACAGCGAAAGUUCGAUCCUCACUGCAGUCCAACUGCUAUGGGUGAACUUGAUCAUGGACACGUUUGCUGCAUUGGCGCUGGCCACGGACCCAGCCACGCGGGAAUCGUUGAACCGGAAGCCGGACCACAAGGCGGCGAAUCUGAUCAGCUUGGACAUGUGGAAGAUGAUCAUUGGCCAAUCGAUCUACCAACUGAUCGUCAUCCUCGUCCUCAAUUUCUCGGGCAAACAGAUCCUCGGCAGAGACGCUCCUGCCGACGAAGCGACGCGGAUCGAGUUCGAUGAUCUCCACAAGACACUGGUCUUCAACGCCUUCGUCUUCUGCCAGAUCUUCAACCAGUUCAAUGCCCGAGUGCUCGACCGCUCUUUCAACGUCUUCCAAGGGAUCCUGAAGAACUACUACUUCAUGGUGAUCUUCCUGAUCAUGUUAGGCGGCCAGAUCCUGAUCGUUGAGGUCGGCGGGGCGGCGUUCCAGGUAACGAGUAUUGGUGCACGCGACUGGUUGAUCUCCGUGAUCAUCGGCCUGCUUUCUCUGCCCUUGGCCGUCCUCAUCAAGCUCCUGCCCACCGAGCCCAUCGGAAAACUCGUCUAUGGAUGGGGCUGGCUCAGAGACCCGUCUAAACUGGAGCUCGAGAUCGUCGAUCUCGGCAAGGAAUACGACGACGACGACCGCAACGAUGGCGACCAAAGUCAACCGAGCAAGUGGAAUCCGGCCAUCGACCGGGUCCGCGAUAACCUCGCUAUCUUUAGUCAAAUCCGAGGUGGACGAAUGAGGUCUUCCAGUUUUGUGAGACGCUCGAGAAAGUUCUUGUUACGCGAGAGAGGGAUCCACACUGGGGCAUUAAUGACGAUGGUUCCGACCUUGGUUGUGACGUCAAUUGGCGCCGGAUGGCAGCCCCAGCAGAAGAAGCCCGAGGACGGCUCGUUGGGCGACCCGGCCUCCAGCAACCCCACGGCCUCCACCACGCGUCUGUGGUGCGACCAAGUCGAGGUUCAUCCGGACACCGAUGUCCACGACCCGGUGUACGUUAAGAUGGGCGCUAAUAGACCGCACAAGAAGAAUAACGCCACCUCCUCCUCGUCCUCUAAUCCGCCUGAUAGUCCGUCUUCACCCCGCCAAAUCAGAUACGAAGCCGACGAAAACCUUAAAGCUCCUUAG